AGAUGAUAUGUGCAUGGCUCAUUUUCAACAAGAAAAGAGUUCUUCAUCACCUGUUAUAACCUGAUUCGAAUUUACCCGUUGUCGUUGGCACAAAGCAAACCACGCAAACAUGUCUAGUGCUGAAACCCCGAAGUCGCAGAUCUUCUGCAUCCAAGACCUGAAGAAGGCAGCAUCGGAAAAGAUGUCCCAAAUGUAUCGAGACUAUUACAACGGCGGGGCCAUGGACAAUAUAACACUUGAACAAAACGAGACUGCAUUUGAUCGAUACUUGAUCCGGCCCAGAGUUUUGCGCAACGUCUCCAACAUCGACACCGCCACGACCCUCUGGGGUGCGACUACGGCGUUCCCACUCGGACUCUCUCCGUCGGCCAUGCAUCGACUUGCACACGCCGACGGCGAGGUCGGGACAUCUAAAGCUUGCGCCGCUCGCCACGUGCCCAUGAUCCUCUCAGCCCUUUCCAACGACACUCUCGAAGAUGUUUCUGCGCAGAGCAGUGACGGAUCGACACCUUACGCGAUCCAGGUUAGCCCAUUCAAGAAUCGCCAAAUCACGGCCAACCUUCUCGUACGAGCAAAAGCUGCCGGAUACAAAGCAGUCGUCUUGACUGUCGACGCUCCCAUGUUUGGUCGACGCCUAGAAGACCUGCGUAACGGCUUCAGUGUGCCACCAGGCACGAAAUUCCCGAACCUGAGCUCGCAAACUUCAUCUGAACCUGGCGGCUUGGGUGGCGGUAUUCCCGACCUCUCCUUCGAUACCGCGGCUACUUGGGAUGAGACGAUUGCAUGGUUGCGAAGUCAGACUGAUCUUGAACUCUGGGUCAAAGGAGUCACGUCCCCUGAAGACGUUUCCAUCGCUAUACAGCACGGCGUGGACGGAGUCAUCAUCUCCAAUCAUGGCGGUAGACAGUUGGAUACCACACCUGCAACAGUAGACAUCCUUCGCGAGGUUGUACCAGUUGCAAGGGGCAAAAUACGUCUUGCUAUCGAUGGAGGUAUCCGACGUGGCUCAGAUAUCUUCAAGGCCAUCGCGCUUGGUGCAGAUUUCGUGUUUGUUGGAAGAAUCGCCAUUUGGGGCUUGGCAUACGACGGUUCCAACGGCGUGGGGUUGGCCCUUGAUCUACUUCUAGACGAGUUUAAGCUAUGCAUGGGAUUGGCUGGCUGUGCCAAGGUAGCAGACAUCACUCCCGGACAUUUGUCUAUUUUGCAAAGCAACGGCCUCCUGGGAAAGGUUUAUUAGCAGGCAAGAGUACGUACGAAAUGGACAAUGCCUGGCUAGAUCAGGCGCUACCUGAUAUGAUGAAUGGCGCCAGGGACUGGCUUAAGCAAGUCCUUGCAGAUAGUAACUCGAUCUCUAUUUUGACGCAAAAUAUUGUUGAACAUCUUGACCAAGUUAAACCAUCUCAUAGACUGUGUAUUUAUUGCUAACCGUUUCCAGAAAUGCGCAAUUUCCUGGGCGGCCUAGUCGAGUACAGAAAGC